AUGGGUAAUACAUGUUAAAAUUAAAAUAUAAAGACAACAUAAACAUUUAUUUAAGAGUAAGAUAGUAUACUAAAGGAAGAAAAUUUAAAAGCGAUUCAAAAUAUGAAUCCAGAUAUUAAAAAACAUGAAUAUUUGCUUGAAAAUUUAAGUGAGGGGAUAGAGGUAAGUACUAUAACAUCUAUUAUAAUAAAACCGAGAAACUAAGCUCAGGUUUUGGAGAUUUUGAGAGGGAUUAAGAAUUUAGACACAGAGAUAAAAUAUAAUAAACAUAGUGAAUAGGGAUAAGGUACUCCUUCAUCAAAAAAUAAUACAAAUAGAAGCAUGAUAGGAAAAUUUCAUAGUGAAAAACAUGUUCACUUUUAGAUUCCUUAAAUGUAAAUAGUAAAACAUGAAUAUAAAUAUUGGAAGAAAUAAUCAAAGAAAUGA